AAGAUACCAGCUUCAUUACAAGAUGUCGUUUUUCGCAUGGUGAUGUGUUAUCAUCGAUCGCUGUUUAACCUAAAAAAAUCGAAUACUGCAAUAGAAUAAUGCCAAAAGGGGACAAGCAGACGACGCGUUAUAGUGAUAGCACGGCAGGGGUCUAUGACGCGCAGAGUGUAUCACAGCUGAAACAGGUAUUGAAAGAAAGAGGUUUAAAAACUACAGGAAGAAAAGCAGAACUGUUACAAAGGUUAAAACGCAGUGAUAGUUCAAACCACUCGUUGAACCACAGAAUGGAGACGGGAGAGGCAAGCAGCUCGCUCAAGCAACGUAAACAGAAAGCAGUGACUAAUGGGUCGCCUCCAGGUUCACCCGCUACCCACCUUUCACCAGGCCAUGUACACCGUAGCCGGUCAGCGUCACUAAGGUCAACAGAAUUUGAGAGGAGAGAGAGGAAGGGCAUUGUACUGUGGAGACGACCCCUCACCACAUUGCACUAUUUUGUGCUAGAGCUUCUCUGUGUCAUACAUGACUACGGAAUUCGGUUAUGGCAAAACAGACUCACCGUACUUGUAAUGCUGUUGUCAUUGGCCAGCUUUUACGUUACCUAUCACGUAGGAGGACCACAUCAAAAGUAUGUGGAGUCAGUCAGGACAGUUUUCCUGUGGUCUGCGUAUUGGCUGGGUCUAGGAGUACUCUCAUCUGUAGGACUCGGGACCGGUCUUCAUACUUUUCUCCUGUAUUUGGGACCACACAUUGCCGCCGUCACCCUCGCUGCCUAUGAGUGCGAAACCGUCAAGUUUCCCGAACCGCCAUAUCCCGACGACAUUAUCUGCCCGGAAGGUGAUGACGGCAUGCUGGCAAGUGGGAAGCAUGUUUCCAUGUGGGCGAUCAUGAGCAAGGUGCGGCUGGAGGCCUUCAUGUGGGGAGCAGGCACGGCCCUCGGCGAGCUUCCUCCUUACUUCAUGGCAAGAGCCGCACAACUCUCAGGCACCGAGGAGGACCUAGACGAGUUUGAGGAGUUAGAAAAGUUGCAGGAGCACAGAGGUCAUCCGCAGAAUGCGAUUGAGCGAGCGAAACUUGUGAUUCACAACGCCGUGGAGAAGGUUGGCUUCCUCGGCAUUAUUGCCUGCGCUUCUAUUCCGAACCCGCUGUUUGACCUCGCCGGCAUCACGUGCGGUCACUUCCUCGUGCCGUUCUGGACGUUCUUUGGCGCGACGCUCAUCGGCAAGGCCAUUGUCAAGAUGCACAUCCAGAAGGUGUUUGUGAUUCUGACGUUCAGCGAGCAUCAUGUCGAGACAGUGAUCCGCUGGAUCGGGUUCAUUCCUCGUGUCGGACGGAAGGUGCAGGCUCCGUUCAGACACUACCUGCAGAAGCAAAAGGAUAAGCUUCACCACCGUCCCGAGAAGCAUCAUUACAAGGACGCCACCUGGGUGCAGUGGAUCUUUGAGAAGAUAGUCAUUGCGAUGAUUGUCUACUUUCUGCUCUCCAUCGUCAACUCGAUGGCGCAAAACUACCACAAGCGGCAGUGUCGCCGACGGCACGUCCCUGACAGGGACAUUUGAGGUGUCAGCCCUCCCUACACACUCACCCUCCCUCCCCCCCCCUGCCGCUGCUCCCACUGCCCCUCCCUACUGAUGCCAACUACGCUCAUUAAAGAUGGCAGUGGCAGGUAUGUCAAUAUAUGGUGCGUUAAUGCACACAGGAUGCAAACAUUGGGCUACAGAUCAGGGUUUGCACAAAUGACGUGCUGUGGGGCAGGUGGAGUUAUUUUUUCAGCAUUGAUUUCCUUUGGCUUUGAGGUGAUGUCGCCAAAUACAGUUUUGCUGCAAUUCUUGGGAAUGAGAGCCUCUCCCCCCAUGCUUGGCAUCUAUAGCAACGCACUACUUUAGCUCACUUACAACGUUUGUUUCCCUACCUGGCUUUCCCGAAUAGUCCCCCUGCACUGCUUAUUAUUAUUAUAUUAUCUCCAAUUGUCACACCUGGCCAGACAUGUUCACAGUGACGAUGAGACGGAGAUGCAGAGGAGUCUAAUGGCCUAAAAUCACCGCCCACAGCAGCGUUGAGGGUAACACAAUGGUUUCUGUGUAGGUAAUGUGUGCUCAAGCAUUCGUGGUGGGCAAGUAUGUGUUGAGUUGUCCGAGCUUCUCGGGUGAGAGGCGAAGAACGUGCAAGGUGGCACGAAUACACGCACUACUCGCAGUCACACGUACCUUUCCAGGGAUUCGCACUAGUAUUUAUCUUGAUUCCCUGACUAUUUAUUGUCCUGCAUUCAAUACGGCGCCACACAUGAUCGAUAUAUGUAUGUGUAUAUAUAUAUAUCGCGAUUAUUUACACUCGUCAUGCCGUGUGUUAGUCAUCUUAUGAUUUGUUAUUGUAAAUAUUGUUGUUAUGGCAUUUAAUCAUAUUCAAGAUGUGUUUUAAGUUGGUAUGCUCGAUGCAUCUGAGGGCUGGGUUGUAUGCAUAACCGGAAGUCAUCACUCGGAUCGUUGUUUGUCGGCUUAACGUGCGUUAUCUCGACACUCUUUCACAUUCUUUGCACUCACGUUAGCGGCAUUCGUAUGUGGAACUGUCGCUAUCGAAUGCCAUUUCGCGAAGGGGACCUAACCCUUUAAUAAUUCUAAUUUCCAGGCGAGUGCAUGUCUUACACGGUGAUGUUUUCGUUGGGCUGCUGGGGUCCUGCGACAAGCUGUAUAGUGCACAUGCUCAGCUGAUUCGCCGCUGACGUGAUCUAUCGUUGUUGCGUCAUAACGUCAUAAACCAAGGAGAUAAUCCACCGCAGUGAGGUUCUGUCGGCCAACAAAGAUUGGUUGGGUUUCCUCGGUGGUUCUAUCUGCUAGUGUGUCCACGCCCCGGCAGAGUGGCCAGCAAGACUAGCGACGUCUUCUGUCGUCUAUGCUGUGCUGCAGGACGUGAUCUUGCGGUUCACGUUGUUGCCGUGUGACACUGCCCUAGUGUGCGUGUCGUAGCUGUGUGUCUGUGGUCGACGUAGUUGUGAAAUGCAAAUAGAACAUCCUGCAAUGGGCGGAUGUGAUGUUGCGCUGGCCAAGCAUGACUGUACAAGGACAGCGUGUCCUAGCAUGCUGUUAGCGUUACAGUGCCAUUCGGCAAACCUCGGGAGAAUCAGCUGCUCUCCUUCAUUCCAUAAUUCAGUUAGAUGGAGGUAUGGAAUCGGCCGAGGUGUGCCUAGUGGUUGCAUCGCUUCUGAACAAUUGAAAUAUUGUUUAGGCACCGGCAGAAUUGUAUUUUCGGUGGGAAAUGCCAUUGUGGGAAUUGAUUUCAAACCACAGUAUUAGUCACAAGAAUCGAGAUGUACACAGUUGUAACCUUUUAGUGUGUGAACGUGUUUUAAAUAAAACCCAAUGAUUUCAGGCAAAUUAUUUAUACAACAA